CUGUCAGAUCUAUUAGCAAGUACAAUAAACUGGUCUGUAUAUAUAUCCCUUGGGCCACGCCUUGUUUUGAGAAUGACGUUAGGAGCAGAAAUUACAAGCCAGCUCAAGGCUUCUUCAUACAUAGCAUCAGGCCGAAACCUUUUGAGAUGGGACCUGUCACCAGAGCAAAUUAGAAAAAGAACAGAAGAACUAAUCAGGAAGACAAAGCAUGUGUAUGACAGUAUCGGGAUGCUUGAUAUUGGAGAAGUAAGACAUGAAAAUACUGUACGGACCUUGGCAGAUAUAGAAAUGGAAUAUGCAGUGGAAAGAAGCAUGUUGGAUUUUCCCCAGCAUGUCUCACCUGACAAAGAGGUACGCUUAGCAAGUACAGAAGCUGACAAAAAGCUUUCUAAUUUUGAUGUGGAGAUGAGCAUGAGAGAAGAUGUGUUUCAGAAGAUUGUUUAUUUGCAGCAAGCCUGUGAUCUUGAAAAUGUAAAGCCUGAAACAAAGCGAUACCUACAGAAAUCAGUUCAAGCGGGAAAAAGAAAUGGACUCCAUCUUCCUAAAGAAGUGCAGAAUGAGAUAAAGAUAAUGAAGAAAAAGUUGAGUGAGCUGUGUAUAGAUUUUAACAAAAACCUGAAUGAAGAAAACACAUUUCUUGUAUUUUCUAAGGAAGAACUUGAAGGCCUUCCUGAUGACUUUAUUAAGAGUUUAGAGAAGACUGUGGAAGACAAAUAUAAAAUUACUUUAAAGUAUCCCCACUAUUUUCCUGUCAUGAAGAAGUGCUGCAUUUCAGAAACCAGGAGAAAAAUGGAAUCUGCUUUUAACUCAAGAUGCAAAGAGGAGAACACAAAAAUUCUUCAGCAGUUGCUUCCACUAAGGACAAAAGUAGCAGAGCUUCUUGGUUAUAAUACACAUGCCAACUUCGUCCUGGAGGUAAACACUGCAAAGAGCACAGAUAACGUAACAGCCUUCUUAG